AUGUGGAAUGUUAAUGAUUCUUGUCUUGCUAUGGUAAAUGAUUAUUGGAAGGCUAGAUUUGUGGGUUGUCCGACGUAUAUUUUAAACAAGAAAGUUCAACUGCUUAAAGGAAAACUUAGAAUUUGGACUAGAGAACAUUUUGGGGAUGUUCACUUUAAUGUCCGUAAUAACCAGGAGAUUCUGAAGAACAUUCAAGAUAGAAUUCAAAUAGAAGGUUGGAGUGAAGACCUCUCUUCUAAAGAAAAAUUGGCUUUAGAGAAUUUGGAAAAAGCUCUAACAGUGGAGGAAAUUUUUUGGCAUGAAAAAUCAAGAUCUGAUUGGAACCUUCAGGGAGAUAGAAACACUGCAUAUUUUCACAAACUGGAUAAGAUAAAGGGUUCUAGAAAUUUUAUUACUCAUUUAGUGGUCGGAGACGACACUCAGUUGGAUCCGGAUGACAUCUCCUAA